AUGGGACAGUCACAAAGUGAUGGGGAAACAGGGGUGCAUUUGGGGCAGAUACAGCGACUGUACAAGAAAUUUGUCAGUGAAUGUCCCAGUGGAAAUCUGCAUUUGCAUGAAUUUAGAAAGAUAUUUGGAAUCAGUGCUCAGUCACUGACGGAAGAAUCUGCAUAUAUGGACAGCGUAUUCCAUUCUUUUGACACAAAUGAGGAUGACACAGUAGACUUUGUGGAGUAUGUGGCAGCGGUGCACCUUGUUCUUCGCGGAAAGCUUGAGGAUAAGCUAAAAUGGUCUUUCAAGGUCUAUGACAGGGAUGGGGAUGGACAGCUGGAGAAACAUGAAGUGAGACACCUAAUUAAGACAAUUUAUGCAAUCAGGAAGCACAGUGGUCAAACGAAAAGUGAUGACCUCUCACCAGACCAAAUAUGCAACCGAAUUUUUGAGCUUGUCGACAAAAACAAAGAUGGUCAUAUUUCAUUGGAUGAAUUCAUGGAGGGAGCCCAGAAGGACGAGUGGGUUAUGAAUCACCUGAAGCUGGAUGUCCAGCCCACCGGAUGGUUUAUUGAACAACAGAGUAAGAUCUUUUGA